AAAACAUGAUCACUGUUUUUGUUUGAACGGUGUUUGAAGACAUCGCGGGAGACAUCCUGAAAUAACAUGAAUUUGCAGCAAAAUGUAGCGCCCGCGCCGCGGCGCUGCCGUCGCUCUCGCCCGUUUAUCCGACGCCAUUUUCACACAGCCCGCGAGCUUUCCCGCAAACAGAUCAGUAAGCAUCCCCCACGGCGACAACAUCUCGGGCCACGAGUCGUGUCGCAAGCUACGGGCCCAUCGCACGUGCUUGCAUCGCACAUAGCUGAACACAACUAAUUAUUGUUUUUUGAAUCCGUCGUAUUAUAUUUUGUGAAGAAGACGGGAAAAUUGUAACCCGAUGACACUUAUCCAAAGAGAUCUGGAAGCGAAAGAGGCAAACAUGGAUGGAUCGCCGUCUAAAGAAGACAGCGGAAAGUCCUUGAGGCCGGUGCGAAACAGGAGAUAUACUCGGAGAAGCUUAGUCGCAGGUCAGCGACCACAGAAGAGGCUGUUCACACCAGAAAUAAAACGAUAUCUGAAAGAUUGGCUCGUUCGUCGAAGAGACAAUCCUUACCCAAACCGAGAAGAGAAGAAAUAUCUUUCGAGAGAAACAGGGCUCACUUAUAUACAGAUUUGCAACUGGUUUGCCAAUUGGAGAAGAAAGUUAAAAAAUGUUAACGCAGAUCGAAACCAACAAACAUGGGGCCAUCUGAUUCGUACUUACAACGAUCGAGCACAAGGCAACGUCGAACAAUUCAGCAUCUGCUCAGACGACAGCAUUUGGAGCGAACCCGAGCCUCAUCCUGAUGAUGCUCUGGACAUCGAUGCUCGACUCGAAAGUAGUCCAGAAUCUAAUGAAGAGUACAAUCAUCCAGACACCGAUUCGUCGCUGUCCACUGAGAAAUGCGAAAGCUUCAAUAAUAACUCCAAUGAGAUCGAUCUGAGUGGAAAAAUUGAAAACUCAAAGAACAUUACGAGUCCCCUUCUUCUAAGCAAAUGGUUAGAAAGCGCUGCACGGUUUCAACCUAGUGAGUCUAACUAUUCGUGGUGGGGUGAAGGUAGACGACGGAAGAUUGAUUCAAAAUCACAGAUGUCAAUGAACAGUUUGCGUCACGACCGGGAUGAAGUGGAAGCAGCAGUUGCACUGACCGCACUAGCAUCCGCCACGAGCCGUGUGACAGCACCUUAACUUUUCUGUACAACAGACACCAAAAUUAUCAUAAUAUUCCAAAACAAUUAUAGGACCUAUUGAAUUUGGCACGCGGCGAAUAAGUUUACUCGUCUGACCGACGUGCCAACUCAAUCGACAAACUAUUCUAGUGUAGUUUUCCAAAAAAAAUAUCAAAUUGUUUCGUAAGGUUUUUCACAGAUGUUGUUUGAGAUGUGUCUUGAUACAAUUUUGCAUUUUUUUACAUUGCUCAAGUUAAAAACAAAUAGAAUAUCGUUUUAAGGUAGCCAUAAUGUUUUGAUCUCUUUUAGACUGGUCAUAAGUUUAAAUCAUAUAUGCCAAAGAUUGUGUUACAUGCAAAUUAUAAUAAUUUUAAGCAUAUCCGUCUUUUAUUUUCUAUAUAAAUUUCGUCAAUAU